AUGGCCACCUCCAUCAAGUCCAUCCGAGCUCUCGCUCCCCUCCUUGACCGUGUUCUCGUCCAGCGCGUUAAGGCCGAGACCAAGACCGCCAGCGGCAUCUUCCUGCCCGAGUCCAGCGUUGAGAAGCUCAACGAGGCCAAGGUUCUCGCCGUGGGCCCCGGUGCCAUGGACAAGAAGGGUAACCGACUACCCAUGGGCGUUGCCGUUGGUGACCGAGUUCUGAUCCCUCAAUUCGGCGGUUCUCCCGUCAAGGCCGGCGAGGAGGAGUUCCAGCUCUUCCGCGACAGCGAGAUCCUGGCCAAGAUCAACGAAUAA